AUGCCCGCCGUGUCCGAGAUGCAGCCCCAAAGCGAUGCGCCCAUCAGCAGGAGCAUGAGCCGCUACCACCGCAGACCGACUACCUCGCACGCGACCAGCCCAAACCCCCCACCGCUCCGUUCGAACACCAUUCCAAAUGCCCCUCCUCCCCUUCCUGCGCAAGUACCGCCCUCCACGCCCUCGACAUCCCGGAACCGCGCUGUGAGUUCGCCGUACCAAUCGUCGCAUUCCGCAAACACCGGCCAGCGUCGGCCCAGGACCGCCAGGACUCGCACGACAGAGGCCUCGCCGCCCGUCUCCAAUGCGCCGCGACAGCAGUCGCUCAGAGGCGAUGACAGCGCGAGAGAGGUCUUGCAGCGGGAGAAGGAGAGACAGCGACAGCUCAAAGAAAAAUAUGAGGCAGAGGCACGCGCACAGAAGCAGGCUAAGCAGGCCGAGCAGGACAGAAUCGAGAGGAUGCGACACGAAGAGGAAGAAGCUGCGCGCUUAGAUGCACAACGAGAGAUGGAAGAAGCUGAGGCCCUACGUCGGCAGCGGGAAGAACAAAAGGCCGAACAAGAACGUGGCAGACGAUUACAGAAGGCCGAGAACCAGAAAGUCCUCCAACAAAGGGAAGAGGGCGUCCGCAAGGCGAAGGUCGAAGAGAAGGAGCGGCAGGCAACCCUCGCAAAGCUUGAGCAGAAGGCCCGAAAAGCUCCCUCUUCUUCACCUCCAGUAUCGCCACCGCGGCAGCAGGAGACAGGUUUCGGAAUGUUCAAGAGGAGAAAGGAUGAAGUUUUGGGUCUAGAUGCCCCUGUGCAACAACCAACUGCACCGCAACUGAGUCUUAAUCUCGGAGAGGAGGACACUAUCAGACCGGGCGGAGGUGGCGUUGUUCUAGGCAUCGAUGCGCCUACAUCCGCCGUGAACGCUGGUGAUAGACGCGUUAAAGUCGUGUGCAACGAGAAGCGCAUCCUGCUCCCUGUGACUCCAACCACGACUCCUCUCGAUCUUAUCAAAUCUGCUGCCACGGUGCUCACAGAUCCCAUUGACGUUCGCACAGCUGUUAUUUCCGAGCUCUUCACCAAGGUUAGCAUCACACGCCCCCUUCGCAACUACGAGUACGUGAGAGAUGUGAUGAACUCCUGGGAUUACGACAAUCAGAACGAACUUACCAUCAUUGACUCUGAUGUCGACGGUAUCGACCAGGACAGUCUACUCUCGUACAAAGUCCCAGACACCAGACCAGAGGGCGCUUCGUGCUUUAUCCAAUACUCAUCGAGACCUGGGAAAUGGAGUAAACGACUUCUCAUCCUUCGCCCAGACGGACAAUUAGUCAUGGCCAAGAACGAAAAGACCAAGGAAAAGGACCAGGAAAACAUCUGCACACUCACAGACUACGACAUCUACUCGGUGACCCAGUCCAAGCUGGCACGGGUGAAGCCCCCAAAGAAGAUUUGCUAUGCCGUCAAGAGUAUGCAAAAGUCUAACAUCUUUGCGGACGAAUCGCAGUAUGUCCACUUCUUCUGUACCAACGACCGAAACAUAGCGAACACGUUCUACACAGCGUUACAGACGUGGCGGAGUUGGUAUCUCAAACACCAGAAGGGCGAGGGUUUGAAGAAGAAGACUCAUGCGACACGCAAUGUGUCCGGGGCUGCUGAAGCCGCACAGACGUCGUCGCAUUCAAGAGGAGAAUCAGUUGGGUCGCAUUACCAGCUCGGUGCUUUCUCGUCCUUGCUCGAUAUGGACAGUUUCAACAAGACGCUGGACCAGAUUGAAGUUCACAAACCGGGAGAGUUUCCAGACGACAAACCUCUUUCCAAGCUCGAUAGCAGGGCAAUGCACUCGCGGAUGAAGUCGAUACGUGUAAAGCAACCACCCCCAGCCGCUUUCAGCAAGAGUGGUCUGGUUGCAGAAAGCACUUCACCGCCGAGUGCCCGCAGUCGAAGUGUUGAUCAGCAAGGCGACGAGGCGUUUGCAUCGAGCGGCCUUCUGGGACGUAGCUACACGCAACGUCAAGCCGCUCUACAAGCUCGUGAGCCGUCAGGCCCGUUCACAGAAGGUCCAUCUCUGCUGAACAACAUGGGCCGUGUAGCCCAAGUAUCGUCCAACGAUUCUGGUCUGAAACGUAAUACCUCAGUCCGCAGCAAUCAUCACCGGCGAGCAUCCAGCGAUCUCCAACGUAGUGCUUCGAAGCGUGUACCUGGCAUGCCCGAGCCUUUGGUCGAUCUAACACCCCAGUACCGCCCGCCACCGCAGCAUCUGAACAAGGGCAAAGGCUACAAUCCAGGAGCUGGCGCCGGGCCGUUGGUCGAAAGUGCAACGUCGAUCGAGGAGGCUAUCAAGGUUCCCUCAUCAACAGACUGGCGCGCCGGUCGUCCAGGCACAUCGCGAGCCGCUGGUGGCCACGAACGCACGCGCUCGCUCAAGGGUCGUGGCGAGCCAUUGGCUGCGUAUACACAAAAUAACCAUCUCGGUGCUCCAGAGGAUGACAGUAAGGCGUUUACCGGAGGCGGUUUGCUAUCUCAAGCCGGCUACUCGCAGGGGAAGGACAUGGUGGGUAGGGGCGUUAUGGAUGGUAGUAAAGCCAGGGGCCCCAUGGUCAACCUCUCGUCGAACAACGAAUUCGCACAAGGCAGUUUGCUGAGUGCGCUGCCAAACGCUGCUCCGGUCAUCGAUCGGAGUGGUAAGUAG